CCCGGCAUUUAAAUGGUGCAGACCCUACAGUUCCUGCGUUCUUAGUAAAGAAAAAGCGACACGGAGCUCCAAAUCUGGCUAAUUUCAGCGAAUAAUCGCUUAUAUUCAGGUGUAUUCUGAGUAACAGCUCUGGUCUCAUCAUGUCGGGCGGUCCGGCUGUCAGGAUCAGCAUCGAGUCUUCCUGUGAGAAGCAGGUGCAGGAAGUGGACUUCCACGGCACGGAGACGUACGUCCCUCCUCUGUCCAUGUCCCAGAACCUGACCAAGCUGGCACAGAGGAUCGACUUCAGCCAGGGCUCCGACUCCGAGGAGGACGGGGCCGACGGAGAGCCCAGGGACAGGGAGUGGGGCAAGCAGGAGACGGAGGAAGAGGAAGGCACGGUGAAGUUCCAGCCGUCUCUUUGGCCCUGGGAUUCUGUGCGCAACAACCUGCGCAGCGCCCUGACGGAGAUGUGUGUGCUCCACGACGUGCUCAGCGUGGUGAAGGAGAAGAAGUACAUGGCUUUGGAUCCGGUGUCUCAGGAUCCGAACGCUGGAAAAACGCCGCAGGUUUUCCAGCUGAUCAGCAAAAAGAAAUCUCUGGCCACGGCGGCGCAGCUCCUCCUGAAAGGAGCCGAGAAGCUCAGCAAGUCCGUGGCCGAGAACCAGGAGAAUCGGCGGCAGCGCGACUUCAACGCCGAGCUGCUGCGACUGCGAUCGCAGUGGAAACUCCGAAAAGUCGGAGACAAGAUCCUGGGAGACCUGAGCUACCGGAGCGCAGGUUCCCUUUUUCCUCACCCCGGUACGUUUGAGGUGAUCAAAAACACCGACAUUGAUCUGGACAAAAAGAUCCCAGAGGACUACUGUCCGCUGGACGUCCAGAUCCCGAGUGACCUGGAGGGAUCGGCUUACAUCAAGGUCUCCAUCCAGAAACAGGCUCCGGACAUCGGUGACCUGGGAACCGUCAACCUCUUCAGGAGAACCCAGAAAAGCAAAGCAGGAACGCAGCCGUGGCACGUGAAGCUGGAGGCGGCGCAGAACGUCCUGCUCUGCAAGGAAAUCUUUGCGCAGCUUUCCAGAGAAGCGGUCCAGAUUAAAGCUCAGAUCCCGCACAUCGUGGUGAAGAACCAGAUCAUCUCCCAGCCUUUCCCAGGUUUGCAGCUCUCCAUCUCUCUGUGCCACUCCACCGGAGAGAAGAAGAGCAGCCGCGCGUCUCCGGAGAAACCCAAACCCGACGACCAUCUUUACGUCCUGGAGCACAACCUGCACCAGAUGAUGAGAGAGUUCCACAAGCAGCAGCUGAGCUCGGUGGUGAUGCCGCAUCCGGCCAGCGCGCCGUUCGGCCACAAGCGGCUGCGGCUGGCGGGGCCGAUGGCGUACGACAAGGCCGAGAUCUCCAGCCUGCAGCAGAGCGAGGGGCUGCUGGAGAAGAUCAUCAAACAGGCCAAACACAUCUUCCUGCGCAGCAGGACGGCUCGGACCAUCGACAGCCUGGCCAGCCGCAUCGAGGACCCUCAGAUCCAGGCCCACUGGUCCAACAUCAACGACGUCUACGAGUCCAGCGUCAAGGUGCUGAUCACUUCGCACGGCUACGAGCAAAUCUGCAAGUCCAUCCAGCUGCAGCUGAACAUCGGCGUGGAGCAGAUCCGGGUGGUGCACCGGGACGGCCGGGUCGUCACGCUGUCGCACCAGGAGCAGGAGCUGCAGGACUUCCUCCUCUCUCAGAUGUCGCAGCACCAGGUGCACGCCGUGCAGCAGCUGGCCAAGGUGAUGGGCUGGCACGUCCUGAGCUUCAGCAACCACGUGGGGCUGGGCCCCGUGGAGAGCAUCGGGAACGCCUCCGCCAUCACCGUCGCUUCCCCCAACGGAGAGUACGCCAUCUCAGUGCGUAACGGCCCGGAGAGCGGCUGUAAGGUUCUGGUCCAGUUCCCGCGCAGCCAGAUCAAAGAGCUGCCGAAGAGCGACGUGGUGCAGGACGCCAAGUGGAGCCAGCUGCGCGGGCCGCACAAGGAGGUCAACUGGAGCAAGAUGGAGGGACGCAACUUCGUCUACAAGAUGGAGCUCCUCAUGGCGGCGCUCACUCCCUGUCCGUAGGCCCAGCUGACGGUUUUCCUUCCACUCAACCUUCAGCUGCGGAGCCAGACGGCAGCUCUCGCUCAGCAGAAUCAGAUUCACGUCGGACUUGUUAAAGCGAAGACAUUUGUUUACCGCUGAUUUUUUAAAACGACAAACCUGCAGGAAGAUCUGCUGUUCAACACAAAACAAAGUAUUUUCUACAGUUUCUGGUGCUUGAAAUAUCUUUUAUGUCAUUUUAUUUUCAGACGAUUGUAGAUACAUAAAACUAACUUACAGGUAACUUUUCAGCUUGUUGUAGCCAAAUACUUUUAGGUCAAUAAUUCCUUAAUAUUGAUUUUAAAAUAGUUCCUCUUAUUUCACUCAUCACCUGAUGUUUUUCUCAGGUUAUUAGUUAAAUAAUUUGCCAAAGGAACUAAAACUUAUUAAAAAAUUGUUUCCCUAAACAAGCCAAAAAGUUACUUGUAAGUUUUUAGAUUGGAACUUUAUUUCAAACUCAAGGUCUUCACUGCAAAAACACAAAAUCUUACAGAGUAAUUUUACAGUUUAAAUGAGACAAAACUGAAUUACGAGUUAUUUAGUUUUACACAUUUUCCCAUGUUUUGGUGAAAUGUGACCAAGAUAUUUGCAGCACAGAUUUAGUGUUUUUGAAGUGCAACUAAGAAAGGAACAAAGCAAACAGACAUGCAUAUCUACAGUCAUCUAAAAAUAAAAUGUAACGUGGAGGUUUUGCUUUAUUUCAGGAUCUGCGGUCGGAUCUGGACUAAAAUACUUGGUUCUGUGUUUCUGCAGGGUGACGCUCUGAUUCAGACGUUUCCCGUUAUUUUUUUUACUAAUUUUUUUUUCAUGUUUCUGCUUUUCGGACUCAAACCUGUUCAGGUGAAUAAAUCCACACAGC